AUGGUUGGGGUCCCCGCCACGGCCAUGGCCCGGGUUGCUGAAGCAGCCACAAAGGAUGGCCUGCGAGGAUUAGCUGUGGCAGAGACUGCUGCAUUCAACUCGACAAAUGCUGAGAGGGCAGCUCACCGACUCUUUGCAAGGUGGGGGCUUAGGCUAGGUGUCAAAAUCACAGAUCUGUUGCUGAGCGAUGGAUCGAGAAACCUCAAAGUUCCGAUCUUGAAGCCAUCAAGUUGGAUACAAUGCCUGCUAGAGAAGUACCCCUCCGCUUUAUUUGGUGGUUGCAGCCUGGAGAUGGGACCUAGCAAGUGUCUUACAUUCUGGAAGGGGCUCUACCAAUCACAGAGAACGCUUGAAGUGUACCGCAACUUCAAGCCGCAGGAGCUGCAGCAUGUUCUGCCGAUCCUAUUGUAUGGGGAUGAGGGGACAGGCUCCAAGAAGCAGCCGAUAGCCAUUGGCAGUUUCGAGACAGUUUUUGGCCUCGAAGAUCAAGAAACCCGACGAAAGACCAAACGGGCGAGGUUUUCUGAUUGCAUCCAUUCGUGUGGGGACUCAGUGGGUCUUGGCCACUGCUGUGAAUUACCCGCACAUUGGCCUCGUCACCAAGAGCUACCAGCAGAUUUCCGUUUGUCCGAGGAUGAUCUUUCGGAGCUCAAAAACCAAAUGCAUGCCACCACAGGUCAUUCAUAUUUGUCUCGCUAUUUGAAUUAUAUGAUUCCAACUGCUUUGCUGGAUCUUGGCCCCUGGGUCCUUGAUGGUGUGCAAAAGGCUGUGGCCCAGGACUUACGCAGUUUGUUCUACGAGGGCUUGCUUGUCAAUGGUCAACGAUUUUAUGUUGCAGUUGUUGGCCUGAAAGGCGAUCAGAAGUGGCAUGUACGUGUUGGCCAGUUCUACCGCAGCUAUCUACACUUAGGCGAUGUUAAUUCACACGAAAUAUGCCCCGAUUGCUUGGCCGGAAAUCCUGCAUACCCUUUUGAAGAGACCUCCGAAAACCCUCGAUGGGUCAAGACAUUUGGUACCGAUGAGCUUCCAUGGACAGAACCUGGAGUGUUUGAGGAGCUGCCUUUCGAUUCUACAUUUCCCUCCUUCAAAUACAAACGGGAUUUGUUGCAUAGCUUUAAGCUGGGGCUGGGUCGAGACAUAGCUGGUGGAACGAUCAUGCUUUUGUGCCGCUUCUUUGAGACUUUGGAUCAUCCUGGUGAUUCCAAAGGUGUGAUCUCACGAUUGGAACGUGCCCAUGCUCGCUUUGCUAUGUAUGCAUCUGCCGCCAAGAAAACCCCCCAUGUCCGAAAGUUCACAAAGGACUUCCUGCACCACAAAACGAACAAGUCCUUUGCUUUCACGGCUUCGAAAGGAUCAGACACGAUCUUAUUGCUGGAAUGGCUCCACCUCGAGUGCCAGCUGGCCAUCCAGAAGCAUGCCGACCAUCGCAGGGUAGACCUCUUGAAGGCAGCAGUUCAGGUUUGUAAGGCCUCCUGUUCGAUAUUUUGGAUCGUCUACAAUCAUGGGCUUUGGCUUCCGAGGCUUUGUAUGAGCAAGCUUCGGGAUACGAUCCUGAGAGUGGUACGGGGGUAUGGCUAUUUGGCCCGUGGGUGCUACCAGGAAUCUUUUGCAGCUUACCGCUGCAAGUCUACAUUGCACUCCAUACAUCAUUUCGCUGUCGAGCUCGACCUCGCUUUAUUGAUGAAGGCUGAUUGCUACCCAAGUCCUUUGUUGUUUGACUGCAGUCAAUCCGAGGAUUUCGUAGGUCGCAAUGCCCGGGUCGCCAGGGCAACGCAUGGAAAAACCACUGCUCUUCGAGGCCUACAGCGCCAUCUUGUGAAGUCCAGAAGCAUGCUCCGAAAACACUUCCGAAAGAUUGAGAAGCCAGCCGCUUGGCCCCCGGCAGGAUGA